AUGGAGUGGGGCCAGGCAUCCCCCUCCCCGUCCCCCCCGGGGGAGUCCCGCUCUCCCUCACCUCCCCUCUCCUCCCUCUUCCCAGGGGGGUCCCGCUCCCCUUUCCCCCCCUCCCCGGGGGGGUCCCGCUCCCCGUCUCCAUCCCCGGGCGGGUCCCGCUCCCCAUCGCCCCCGGGGGGAUCCCGCUCCCCCUCGCCCCCCUCCCCGGGCGGGUCGCGGUCCCCGUCGCCCCCGGAGGGGUGGGAGCCGGAGCGGGCGGCGUUCGGGGAGCUGCGGCUGGAGGAGGUGAUCGGGGCCGGGGGCUUCGGCCGCGUGUUCCGGGGCACGUGGCGGGGGCAGGUGGUGGCGGUGAAGGCGGCGCGAGGGGACGCGGGGGCCGCGGGGGCCGCGAGCCUGCGGCGGGAGGCGCGACUGUACGCGCGGCUGCGACACCCCAACGUGGUGGCCCUGCGGGCCGUGUGCCUCGAGCCCCCCCACCUGUGCCUGGUCAUGGAGUUCGCGGCGGGGGGGCCGCUGUCGCGGGCGCUGGCGGGGCGCAGGGUCCCCCCCGCCGUGCUGCUGGACUGGGCGCGCCAGGUGGCCCGGGGGAUGCGGUACCUGCACGCCGGGACCCCCGUGCCCCUCAUCCACCGGGACCUCAAGUCCAGCAAUGUGCUGCUGGCACAGCCGGUUGUGGGGGACGACGUGAGCGGGAAGACGCUGAAAAUCACCGACUUCGGCCUCGCCCGCGAGUGGCAGCGAACGACCAAGAUGAGCGCGGCCGGAACCUACGCCUGGAUGGCCCCCGAAGUCAUCCGGGCAUCCACCUUCUCCAAGGGCAGUGAUGUCUGGAGUUACGGGGUGCUGCUGUGGGAGCUGCUGACGGGGGAGGUGCCAUACCGGGGAAUCGACGGCCUGGCGGUGGCCUAUGGGGUGGCUGUGAACAAACUGACCUUGCCCAUCCCCUCCACCUGCCCCCCACCCUUCGCCCAGCUCAUGGCAGCCUGCUGGGAGCAGGACCCCCACCGGCGGCCGGGCUUCGGGGCAAUCCUGCGGCGCCUGGGGGGGCUGGAGCCAGCGGGGCUGGGGCCCCCCGAGUCCUUCCACUCCCUGCAGGAGUCCUGGCGCCGUGAGAUCCAGGGGCUCUUCGACGAGCUGCGGGCGCGCGAGAAGGAGCUGCGGAGCCGGGAGGAGGCUGUGGCCAGGGCGUCCCGGGCCCAACGCUCCCAGGCUGAGGCGCUGCGGCAGCGCGAGGCUGCCGUGGCCCGGCGGGAGCUGGAGGUGCUGGAGCGGGAGCUGAGCCUGAUGCUCCGGGGGCCUCCCCGGCCGCCCUCAGCCCCCAAGCGACGACGACCCCCCUUCCGGCGGCCGCGGCGGCCCGCAGACCUCAUUGGCAUGCCCCAGGACUUCAAGCAUCGCCUGACGGUCCAGGCUGCGCCAGGAGGGGACCCCCGAAGCCAUGACCCUGAGGAUGGGCCGGGGGGGUCCCCCCCUUUCCCCCGCCUGCGUGCCAUCCAGCUGGAACCCGAGGAGGAGGAGGAGCUGCCGCGGGGGCGCGGGGGCAAGAGCAAUGCCCCUAAUGGCAGGCGGCGGCUGCGCCCGGACGAGACCACCUGGUACCUGGACACAGAUGAGCUGAGCCCGGGGGAUGCAUCCCCCAAUGGUGAGGCCGGGCCCCCUGAAGCUGAGGAGGGCCGGGGGUCUCGGGGGGGGACCCCGCGGCUGCUGCGGCGGGCGCUGCUGAGGGGUUCGGCCCUGCUGGCGUCCCUGGGGCUGGGCCGUGACCUGGCCCCCCCCCGAGCCCCCACGCAG